AUGUUGAAAGGCCAGUUACUAAGGGCAGUUUCCUUUUUGGGAAAGCAUUCGUAUCCUUCAUCAUACUCCACUGCAAGCGGCACUAAACCAGUGGACAGUUUUAAAACUGCAAUGGAAGCCGGUGAAAAGUUGGUUCAACCAAAUCAACAAGGAAGUUUCCAAGAUCCAUUUUCUAUAGUGAGUUAUGAGAUGACCAAUUUGGCCAAAUCGAUUGCAAACUUAAUAGGGUCAGGCCAUCCUACAUUGAACCGAGUAUCAUCUUAUUAUUUUGAAGCCGAGGGUAAAAAUGUUAGGCCGCUUUUGGUGUUACUUUUGUCCAAAAGUUUACUGAAGAUCCCAGUGGAACAAAGAGAUAGAAUAACCAUAGAUACUUAUGAUGUUACCGAACAACCAUCGUAUUCGGGAACUCCUACAGCCACUUCAUUGGCAGGGAAAUCUGUUGAUGAUUCCAUUAGUCCGUUAAGAAUCUUACAUGGGAUAAACCCAAAAGUGAUUUUAGAUCCACUUUCUAAACCAAUGGAUGCAUUGCCUCAAUUUGAUUCCGUUAAUGGGAUCUUACCCAAACAACGUCGUCUUGCUGAAAUCGUUGAAAUGAUUCAUACUGCCUCUUUAUUACAUGAUGAUGUUAUUGAUUUAUCCGAUUCCAGAAGAGGCAGGCCAAGUGGGAACUAUGCAUUCACCAACAAGAUGGCUGUUCUUGCUGGUGAUUUUUUGUUGGGUAGAGCUUCAGUUGCAAUUGCCAGAUUAAGAAACCCUGAAGUGAUUGAAUUACUUUCAACCACCAUCGCCAAUUUGGUAGAAGGUGAAUUCAUGCAAUUGAAAAAUACAGUUGUCAGUAACGAACCACUGGAUUCAAUAAAUAAUGACGGGGAAUUGAAAGUGGUUCCUCAACCUUCUGGUAAAGUUCCCACUGAAAUGCAUGAAUAUAGAGUGACACCUCCACCAGGUAUAGACCAUAAAACCAAUGUUGAAGCUGCUUUCGAAUAUUAUUUACACAAAACUUAUUUAAAGACUGCUGCUUUGAUGUCCAAAUCCUCUAGAGCAGCUGCUGUUCUUAGUGGAUCACAUGAUGAUGUUAUUGAGAAUUGUUAUCAAUUCGGUAGAAACUUGGGGUUAUGCUUCCAAAUUGUGGAUGAUAUGUUGGAUUACACUUCAAGUGAUGCUGCUUUUGGGAAACCCAGUCAAGCAGAUUUGAAAUUAGGCUUAGCUACAGCUCCAGUAUUAUUUGCUUGGAUGGAAAGACCAGAAUUAGGUGCAAUGAUCGGAAGAAAGUUCAGCGAACCAAACGAUAUCGAAUUGGCAAGAAAAGCAGUUAUUGAAUGUGAUGGUGUUGGUAAAACAAGACUAAUGGCUCAAGAGUAUUGUCAAAAGGCUUUGGAGAAUUUAAGAGUAUUGCCUGAAUCAGAUGCUAGAAGUGCAUUGGAAUUUCUUACAAAUUCCAUCUUGACCAGAUCGAAGUGA